AUGGCUUUUCAACCGAAACGUCACAAUUUGGCAAUUUUGUCCAGAAUGAUUGAGAGUAACACACCUAAAGAAGAAAUUUUGAGAUAUAUGAACUGUUCUCCAAGCACAUUAUUUAAAUAUAAAAAAAUUUUGAGGGAGAACUUAGGAGGUUUGGUCGAUCUGCGGGAGAAUAAUGGGCGACAAGAGGCUUUAACUGUUGACGAAAUUCAAAACAUCCAGUUGAUGAAUGAAGAGUUACCAUUUAUGCCAGCGGCGAAAAUAAAGGACGAAUUGAUGCUAAAUUGCAGCAGAUGGACGGUACGAAGGGCAAUGCGCAAAGAUACCGAUGUUCGCUGCUUCAAACCGGCAAUUAAAAACAAAUUGAUUCGUUUGCAUAAAGAGGCGAGGAUGGAAUUCGCGCAACGAUAUUUGCACUUGUCUCAGGAGGAAUGGCGAAGAACAAUAUUUAUGGACGAGAAGGUUUUUUCUACACACAAAGAUGGACGAGGACUCGUUAGGCGUCCUAAACGUAUGAGAUACGACGAAAAAUAUAUUCUUCCACGGAGUCGGAGUGGCCGCGCAACCAGAUCUUUUUACGGAUGGGUUUGUGGGUAUUUUCCCGGAGCUUUGGUUCCAAUUGACAGAAAAUUGAAAUCCGACGGCUACCUGGAAUUAUUAGAGGAUGUCUUUAUUCCCUCGAUUAAUGCAGCUUUUGGUGAUCAAGAUCUCAUCAAUAUUAUUGAAGACAACUGCUCUAUCCACACAGCACAUAUUGUUCGAAAUUUUUGGAGGAAUAAUCCUCGCUUCAAUAGAUUGCCGUUACCCCCUUGUUCACCAGAAAUAAACGUGAUUGAGAAUGUAUGGGCCGAAUUAGUUCGAGAGUGGACGCCGUCAAUAGCGAGAACAGAAGAAGAAUUAAUAGUGAGGGUAGAACAGGGUUGGGAAGCGAUGAGAAAUAGACCCGAUUACUUCCAACGACUGACUGAUUCAGUACCUACCAGACUACAAAAAGUAUUAGACAACGAGGGAUCAUCAAUCCAUUAUUAG